AUGGCUCCCCCACAAUUGACAUACGACCCCUACGAGGUCCUAGGAGUAAGCCGCGACGCUGAUGCUAGAACCAUCAGGUCUAAGUACCAUAGGCUUUCUCUUCAAAACCACCCUGACAGGGCUGGCCCUUCGGGUCACGCACACUUUGUCCAGAUCCAAGGAGCGUACGAGUUACUAUCUAACCAGUAUGCUAGGGCAGAGUAUGACAGGACACAUAGAGCAGCCCCGCGUACUUAUGAAAACCGCGGCACGAGUACACGGCACGAUGCAAGCCACAACAGAAGCUCACAGUAUCGCAACAGUGGUAGCCAAACUUCGCAGAAUUAUCAAAGCUUCAGUGAACGCUCGCGACGCGGUGAAAGCUACAAUGGAAGUUCGCGACACCAUGAGAGCAGUGGUAGGGAUUCGCGAUAUGAGGAAGGUGGUAGUAGGAGCAGGCCUUACAGUCAAAGCUACAGUCAGAACUCGUACUCAGCCUACGACGGAAACCAUGGCAGAGACCCGAGGUACGAUGAGAGCCACAGCAGGAGUUCGCGACACAGUCAAAGCUACAGCAGAGAUCCGCGAUACGACGAAGUUAGUAGCAGCCGCCACAGAGACUCUCAGUGCGACGUAGGUCAUUGCACAAGCUCACGACAUAGUACAAGCCACCACAGAGAUUCGCAGUACGAUGAAGGUCACAGAAGACAAUCAAGGUACGACGAAGGCGAAUAUGAAUCUGAGAGGCCACGUAGGAGGAGGGUAAGGGAUUCAUUCGAGUUUACGAUUGACGAAGAACAGCUUGAGGAGUUAAUGUCGUUUCUACAUGUCAGGUAA